CUGGUUGGUCCCCAUCAAAUGGAUGAAGGGAGGAGUGGAGAGAGAGCAACACUGGCUUCUUCAGGAAACAGACAGACACCUCCCCAUGACAACAGCAGGAUCUGAGUGGGUCCUGGCCAACCUCAACGUGUCUGGCUAUUACAGGGUUAACUACGACAUGGACAACUGGGAACGACUCCUCAACCAGCUCACCACAGACCACACGGUCAUUCCUUUAAUGAACAGAGCUCAGAUAGUGGAUGAUGCCUUCAACCUGGCCAGGGCCAAGGUGAUCAACACGACGGUAGCUCUGAGGACCACCAGGUACCUGUCUCAGGAGAGAGACUACAUGCCCUGGGAGUCAGCUCUCAGGAAUCUCAACUACUAUCUCCUCAUGUUCGACCGUGGACAGGCAUACGGGUUGCUACAGGGUUACCUGAAGAUGCAGAUCACCCCCCUGUUUGAGUACUUCAGGACCGUGACGGUUGAUUGGACCAGAGUCCCCACUGGACACAACGACCAAUACAACCAGAUCAACGCCAUAUCGUUUGCGUGUCGAAUGGGAGUGGAUCGCUGCAGGGUUCUCACCAGCGACUGGUUCAGAGAGUGGAUGCUGAACCCAGACCACAACCCGAUUCACCCCAACCUGAAGACGACAGUGUACUGUAACGCUAUCGCAGCAGGAGGGGUGGAGGAAUGGGACUUCGCCUGGCAGAUGUUCAAGAAUGCCACAGUGGCCACAGAGGCUGCCAAGCUGAGGUCUGCCCUGGCCUGUACUAAGGUCCCCUGGCUGCUGAACAGGUAUCUGGAUUAUUCCCUGGAUCCAGAUAAGAUCCGGAAGCAGGACUGCACCUCCACCAUCAGCUACAUCGCUGCUAACGUGGUGGGGAUGCCCCUGGCCUGGGACUUCAUCAGGGCUAGGUGGAACUACAUCUAUACAGAGUAUGGUGGUGGAUCCUUCUCAUUCUCUAACCUCAUCAACGGUGUGACCAGAAGAUUUUCUACUGAGUUUGAGCUGAAGCAGCUGAAGCAGUUUAAAGAGGACAAUGCCCGUGUGGGGUUUGGCUCGGGGACGCUGGCUCUGGAGCAGGCUAUUGAGAAGACUACGGCCAACAUCAAAUGGGUGGCAGAGAACCAGGAGCCUGUUAUGACCUGGUUCGCCAAUGAAUGUACGUGAAACACCCCCCCCCCCCCCGCUACAGCACCGCGCUACCAGGCCAGUGGUGAUACAGCUUACUGAACCAUCAGGGAUAUACAGACUGUAUUAAACAGACCAAAAACAUGGGGCUGUCCCAAAUGGCACCCUAUUCCCUAUAUAGUGUGCUACAUAGCGCUCUGGUUAAAAGUAGUGCACUACAUAGGGAAUAGGGUGCCAUAGGGCUCUGGUCUAAAGUAGUGCACUACAUAGGGAAUAGGGUGCCAUAGGGCUCUGGUUAAAAGUAGUGCACUACAUAGGGAAUAGGGUGCUAUUUUGGACAGAGCUGUGCUGUAUAAUGAUGAAUAGACCAAAAUCACGUUGUUUACUUGAAUCAUGUUGUGUGGUUUAUGUGCAUCCAUUUUGGAUUGUCAGUUCUUCCAUGUUCUCAUGUUCAUAAAUGUCUGCCAAUAAACACUCAAUUAAUAUCGUCAGUUUUCAAUCUCUGUCGUGGCUGAAUCAGAAUUUGUUAGGUAACAUAGAUAAAUAAGAUG